AUUAAUAAUUCUUAAACCCUUUUUUUGAAACUUUUACUUUUAAAUGCAUACAAUGUUUACUCCCUUGAACUUGUUGGCACAACUUUCUCUCUCUCUGUGUCUGUAGGUCAAUUUGACACAAUCACAGGCAAUUCUGAAAUUAAUUAUGAAUGAAGAUUCAUUGGUGAAUGAAAAUGUGUGAAAGUUAAAUUGUCUAUGUAUGACAUGUUUGCAUUGUUAUAAACUUGAUAAAAAAAGAAUAAAGAUUACGAAAAAAAAUUCUUCACUAUAGAAAACUGACUUUGGUGAUGCAAUAGUAUACUACUAUAGCAGCAUUGUCAUACAAUGGUAUAUUCAUGAAGGUACAUGUUUUGAUAAAUGUUUGUAAUUUUAAAUAAUGUAUCUUCCAAUUCAAGGCAACAGUGUAUGAUAAUAUAUUGUUAAUUUAAGGAAGAAAGAAAAGGCAGUGGUCAAAACCUGGGAUACCGCAGCCUGACUAAGAGACUUUUGACAAAGCAUGGCAUGGCAGUUGGAAGAAAAUCAGUAUCUAGCAUUCUUAGGCAAAUUGACCCAAAAGGUGUGGAGCUUAGGACACAUCACUGCCUGAUCAGGAGGACAUACUACAACAAGGGGCCCAACUUCCUGGUCCAUAUAGAUGGGUAUGACAAAUUGAAGCCUUUUGGAUUAGCCAUACAUGGAGCCAUCUGUGGAUUUUCACGACGUGUCUUAUGGUUAAAAGUUGCCAGAACCAACAAUGACCCAAGAGUGGUUGCCUCAUACUUUCUAGAGUUUGUAGAAGAGAUAAAUGGAGUUCCAAGGUGUAUACUUACCAGACAACCAGAGGACUGUCGUUCUGGAAAACCAGAGAUGAUGUAUCUACACCCCGAGCUAUACAAGACAGUGGAUUACAAAUUUUCAGUGAAAUUAAGUGAUGUGGAGUCCUUGAAGAGUUUCUGUAGUUAUCCAAGCUGCUAUGGAUGCACAGAGGAGAUGAAGGAACACGUCACGUCUAUUUUGCUUGAAGGUAGAAGGAGUGAGCCUAUAAAUUCUGAAGAUGCAAAGGAACUGUUCCAAUGGAUGUUACAAAAGAUAUAGAUUGGAUAAGUUGACAAUGUGAUGAGGAUUGUGACAAUAAUAGUUUAUCCUCAAAAACUUUAAAGAUUAACAAAAACAAGAGGCCCAAAGGACCUUAAAUGGUUAUCGGACUACAUCGAGUAUGUCAAACUUCAAAAAGUAGUAUAACCCAUAAUGGUUGAAAUGUUGGAUACAUGUGACCUUAAAAGUAGGUCAAGCUUAUUCAUUUGAAUAAAAUUGGUAUUCCUCCAUCCCAGCAAGCUACAGGCCCAACAUCAGGUCUCUAUAUAUAUGUACCUAGGUUAUUUUUUUUAAAUAUCAUAGUCUUUUUGACCCCAGUCACCUUGAAAGUGGGUCAAAGUCAUUCAAUUAAACAACAUGGUGGGGCUUUGCAUCAGCAUGGUACAGGCCCAAUAUGUCAGAUGACCUUAAUAAAGAAAUAACAUGA